UAUUUAAAAAAUAUAAGAAUGGUAGUUGAAUCGAUUGAAGAUCCUUCUAUAAAAAUCAAACCAAACAAAAGGUUAACAGAAUUUAUUUGUAAGAAUGUUAAGAAAUCAAACAGCAACCCACCUGGUAUUAUUGCUUUGAAAAGAGCUAAUAAAGAUAACCAGAAAGAUGUUUUAUUAAAACUAGACGACAUCAGAUGGUUGAACAAGUAUUUGGAGGAAUACAGGACCACAAAAAUGGAAAGUAUUUAUUUACAUGAACUUUUAGAAGAGGCUGAUAUAAAAUUACCUACACCAAAACACAUACCAAGGAAUCCUGAGUUAGAAGCUAGAAUACAGAAGCUGAAAGCGCAACAAGAUGCUAGAGAAUAUCAAGCUAUGACCAAAAAUAUUGAUUCUAGUAGAAGAAAAUUUCCAGAUGAUUCUAUUGCUUAUCAAAUGAAACAAAUAAAUAGACAACUCAUAGCUGUUGCACAGUUUAUAUUUUCUGUAUUAGCAGGAUUUGUCUUUGGAUUUAAAGGUGUGGAAUUAAUAGUUGGAAAUUUAGAUUUUGGAUUCAGAUUGUUAUUAGGUAUAAUCUGUGCACUGAUCAUAGCCUUGGCUGAAAUCUAUUUCUUGGCUAUUAAAUUGAAUGAAGAUGGAUACGAAGCUGCUUCAGCGCCUAUGCCUAAAAAGUUGCAUCAAGAAUAAAAGUAUAUAGAGCAUUCUAUGAUUAACAUCUUUCUGCAGUUUCUACAAAAAGUGCUGAAAUAUGAAAAAAAAUUUGUGAAAAGUCAAUAUAUUAACAAAUAAUGAUAAAGUGAAGGGAAAAACGGAGCAGAAAGAUUGAUGCAUUUAUUUUUGUUUUGUAUUAUUAUUCGGCUAAAGUAGUAUGAAGCUUUUUAAGCUGUUGCAUCAUGAAAAAUAAAUAAAUCAUUUACUUUGUA